ACAUGAUAAGGGUUGGAGAGAUGCAAAUCGGAUGGGGUCAGACUGCCCCGGAGGAAGAUGACGAGCUACAGGGACUUUCCGAAUCGGAUAGUCGGAUUCAACCUCGGACAAGGACAAAGGCAAGUCGUAGACAGACAGCAGGGCAGAAUUGGCCGAUAAUUUGUAACCAGUGACCGCUCUAGCUCGUGGACAAUGUUUUAAAAAUACUAAUACGUCGCUGAAAUCAUAUCGAUUUUUUUCGAAUCUGACGAUUUUCAAUAAAAAUUAAGAAUGUUCGAGAACGAGAUGGACCAAGCUGGUUGUCCCGUUUUCGUCCAGCAGUAUUCCAUUGUAAAGGGGAUUCUGGAAAAACUUACAAUCCGCGAUCUUCUCUCAAUUUCCAAAGUAUGUCGAACAUGGUCCGAAGUUGCUCGUGUAGUUCGUCAGCAGAGAAAAAAUGCAGCUCAGACAUUUUUAUGGCAUCCAUACGGGGAUCAUACAUCGGAAGUAUUCGAAUACUACAAUGGUUGCUCCAUCUCCGAUGAAUGUCAAAGGUUUAUUGACACAGCCCCUGAUUUUGGUUUCCCGUCAGUUCAAGAAUUGACACAAGAACAGAGUUGGAGCCCUCUCUUUCCUCAGUUGAGGUCGGCAAUCAUUAAAGAUUUUAAUGCUUCAUUCUCUGAACCACAGCUAAUGGUUGUAGUCGCAACUGCGGCGGUGGAUGAGUAUAUGCCCUCAGACGAAGACAAUAUCACCAAAUUGAAAAUAAUCCUUUCCGAAAUUCCUAGAGCUAUUCCAUGUUUGGUGACGAUUAGUUAUGGCAUUGUUGGAUCCGUGAAGGAUAAACCCAUUUCAUUGGAGAUGGAAAAUUGUGAAGUCCCGCUGGUAGCUGGGUUGAGGAUCCCUAAAGUUGCUGGAUUAUUUGUCAAGAUGUUUACGGUUACAAAGGAGACAAAUAAUAAGUACAAGGGCAAGGUGGACCAAGAAAACUGCCAAACUAUUUUGAAUAUUCAACCAACAGACAAUGUGAAAGCAAUUGUUCUGUUUCAUACGCAAGUUCAGAAGGCUGGGGCACUAAAGGAUGCGGUGUUUCAGUAUAUAAAGGGACACCCGCAUGUUGCACUGGGUGGUGGUGCACACUACAGAAAUUUGGCCAGUGUUUGUCAAGGGGACUUUGUUCCCAUUGGGGCUGGACUAAUUAUAUGCGGAAACGACAACGUCAAUGUAGCAUCUGUCGGCUUAUACGACACAAAAAUUAGUAAACGGAACGAAGAAAAAUUAAUUGAAAUGAAAGGUUGUGAAUUUCCGGAUGGAGAUAGCUUUGCUUUCAUGUUUGCUUGUAAUGGCAGAGGCGCAAACAUGCACGGUGGUAAAUGUCAUGUGGAAUCGACGCUUUUCAGGAAGCAUUUCCCAAACACAAGCCUCAUUGGCACCUUCACAGGCGGUGAAUAUUGUCACGAAGUCAUUCCUUCUAGAGAUGUUCCAGCACCCCCAAAGUUCGCUUCAAGCAUUGAGUUCGCCUACACCACGGUAUUUGUAUUCGUUUCCUACAAGUACCCCACUAAACAUUCAGUUAGAUCAUAAUUUAGUUUAAUUAUUUACUUGUUGACCCCUCUCGUAUGUACCUGUUUUAACGUGUUUCGAUGUAGUGAAUAGGUAAUAUGUAACUAUGUUGAAUGAAUAUUGUGACAAAUCGUAUUUUAAGUUUACCGAUGUUCUCAGUAUUUGUUCUUUAAUUAUGGUCCUGUUGAACAGAUAAUAGGCACGUUUGUCGACCAGAAAACUAAGUUGUGUUAAUAUUGCUCACUCGGCCAACCUCGUAUAUUUCAUUGUUGUAAGCAUUUAAUAUGGUGAAAAAAGACAAAACUAUAAUUCUUAUCAUGUACCCUCUUCGUAAUAACCAAUAUCGAUCAUUAAGGUCUGUCUGUAAUAAAUUAUGAUGCGCAAUGAACAACCAAUCAAUCUAAUAAAAAUGUAUCGGUUUGUAAGACCGAUGAGCGCUACGUUACAUCACA